ACAGACUCCGUUGGUCCGUCCGUCGGCAGUGGCACCCGCACCGCGCCGCACAUCCAUGACAGGCAUGAGUUGACGCGGCGGGGAGAGAAGAGCAGCGGCAUCGGGCGGAGAGUGGACUCGCUUCUAUUGCUAGCAAUUGCCUGCUCUGGAUCUCUCUAGCUUGCUGGGGCAGAGGAGAUCGAAGAGUAGAACCAGCUUCAGAUGAGAUCAACGGCCAUGUCGCCUCGAUCUGUCGCCGUCGUCCUGCUCCUCCUCCUCCUCGCCGCCGCCGCAGCCCCCUCCACCAGCACCGCCACCAACAACAAGAAGAAGGAUGAUGGGGAGGAGGACCUCCAGUACCUUAUCGACAACGCCGACGACAUCCCCGCGAACGACCCCGACGGAUGGCUCCAAGAGGGCUCGCCUGACGACGGCGACGACCUUCUCUUCGAGGGCCAUUCUGACUCUGAGCCUGAAGACCACCAGAUCGACGAGACCCACGUCGUGGUCCUCACCGCCUCCAACUUUUCCACCUUCCUCGCCGCUCGCCGCCACGUCAUGGUCGAGUUCUACGCCCCCUGGUGCGGCCACUGCCAGGCACUCGCCCCGGACUAUGCCGCAGCCGCCGCCCUCCUCGCCGACCAACAGGACGACGUCGCCCUCGCCAAGGUCGACGCCACUGAGGACACCGACCUCGCCCAGAAGUACGACGUCCAAGGCUUCCCCACCAUCCUCUUCUUCAUCGAUGGCGUCCCCAAGGACUACACCGGCGCAAGGACCAAGGACGCCAUCGUCGCCUGGAUCAACAAGAAGCUCGGCCCCGGGGUGCACAACAUCACCGCCGUCGAUGACGCUGAGAUGAUACUCACCGGGGAUGACAAGGCGGUCCUCGCCUUCCUCGACUCCCUAUCCGGUGCUCACAGUGAUGAGCUUGCUGCUGCUUCAAGGCUGGAGGAUAGUGUUAACUUUUACCAGACUUCAAGUCCUGAUGUUGCUAAGCUUUUCGACAUUGACCCAGCAGCAAAACGCCCGUCCGUAGUAUUGCUCAAGAAAGAGGAGGAGGAGAAGUUGACCUUAUACGAUGGGGAGUUCAAAGCAUCUGCCAUUGCCGAUUUUGUGUCUGUAAACAAGCUUCCUUUGGUUAUCACACUAACACAGGAAACUGCCCCUUCUAUUUUUGACAAUCCAAUCAAGAAGCAGAUUUUACUAUUUGCUGUUGCAAAUGAGUCUUCGAAAUUUCUUCCCAUCUUUAAGGAAGCAGCAAAGUCAUUCAAGGGAAAGCUUUUAUUUGUCUUUGUGGAGCGAGACAAUGAGGAAGUUGGUGAACCAGUUGCCAACUACUUUGGUAUUACUGGACAAGAGACCACAGUUCUUGCUUACACUGGGAAUGAAGAUGCUAGGAAAUUUUUCCUUGAUGGUGAGAUGUCACAGGACACCAUUAAGAAAUUUGCUGAAGGUUUCUUGGAGAACAAGCUCACACCAUUCUACAAGUCUGAACCAGUACCUGAAUCUAAUGAUGGGGACGUCAAAAUUGUUGUUGGGAAGAAUCUAGAUCAAAUAGUUUUGGAUGAAUCCAAAGAUGUCCUUCUGGAGAUAUAUGCACCUUGGUGUGGGCAUUGUCAGGCCCUUGAGCCUACUUACAACAAACUAGCCAAGCAUCUCCGUGGCAUCGACUCCCUUGUAAUAGCCAAAAUGGAUGGCACUACCAACGAGCAUCCAAGUGCCAAGCCCGAUGGAUACCCCACAAUCCUCUUUUAUCCUGCAGGGAAGAAAAGCUUUGAGCCUAUCACUUUCGAGGGGGAUCGGACUGUGGUAGAGAUGUACAAGUUCAUCAAGAAUCAUGCUGGCAUCCCUUUCAAGUUGAAGCGCUCAGACUCAUCAGCGACGAAAACUGAGAGCACUCAGAGCUCAACUUCAACUGAGGGUGAUAAGAGCUCUGGUAGAAACCUGAAGGACGAACUGUAGGGCAUUAAAACAUGGAACAGCGCAAUGCUGGCUGCUAGUUUUGUGGUGGAUCCUCCGCUUCAAUCCUUCUUUCCUGGAGGAGGGAGGAGGAGAAAGCAGUACUAUUAGCUGGCUAAGUAGAGUGAGUGGUCAGCUUGAGGAUUUUUAUGUGUAUGGUCAGAUUGGAACACAUCGGGAUAGUAUCGAAUAAAAAGCAAAUCAUUUCCUUUUUUA